GGCAAUGCAGGAGCGGUGCCAGUCAGCCCGAGCAGCGCUCCAUGCCCAGUCUUAUUUUGGGUCAGUCUGUUGCUCCCUUCUUCGUGGUGGUGGUGUCUGCUGCUAUACAACUGACUUGAGAUAUUUUUCUUCUUGUGAAAUUAAUGUUUUUUUUUAAACUAUCCAGCCUGUUAUGGAAUUAAGACAACGCUUCCCAGAAGAAAAUAUUUUCUAAGUUCCAGUCACUUCCUUUUUAUAAUUACAUUUUUUUACGGACUGGUCUGCAUUCUCACUGGACAGAAAUUACAUCUUUUUUUCCCCCGAACAUCUGUGUGAAAUAAAGCCAGAACGCAAAGUCCUUGUUUGGCAGCGCUGAAUUAUUUUUGAGUGAGGGUUUGAUUUACAAAAUCUUUCAGAGCAACAUACAUCAGGGCAUUGAAGUACCGAAGCAGCAGGAUAAAUACAGGACUCAACUUGAUGCAGGGCUAGACCAUGUGUUCUCCCAGCCACCCAAACUGGGUCACUUUUGAUGAUGACACUGCUGCCUUCCAGUCACCGCAGAAGCCUUUACAUUCUCCUAGUGCCAGUGUUGGGAUCCCCAGGCCCAACGGCUUAAAACUGAAUCUGCCUCCUCGAUAUGAACCUGCAAAAAGAUCCUCGUCCACAAGCAGCAGCCCUCUUGCAUCUCCUCUGAGGAGCCCCUGUGUGCCCAGCAAUACCCCGCUCUGCACUCCUGUGAGAGAGGCUCCAGGGAACCCUUGCACUCCCUUCUCCAGCUUUUACCAUCAGCAUGGCUUUUUUAGGUCCCUCUCAUCCCCCAGCAGUAACCUGCUGCUUUCACCUGCUGUAGAGCUGGCUGCCAAUCCGUGCCACCCACCAGAUCUCCACACAGCAGAUCCAGAGACCCUGUCUACAGCUCAGAGUUUGUUUAUCACAGAGGAGCGGUUCUGCCCUUUCCAGGAUGACAGCAGCCACUCAAACCCAUUCUGGCCAGACAGGAAUCAAUCAGGCAGCUCCUCGUCGGACUCUGAACCCAACUCCGCAGAAAUCAGCGACGCCCAUCCUCAUUUUUUCUUUAGAAAAGAGGGGUACGAUUCCCCUGGAAGUCAUAUUCACCAGUCCUUCGAUUAUAUUUGUCAAAAGCUGGAAAGUUUCCAAGCCGGCAACACAGAGGAAAGGGUUGGGUCAGCACCGGAGAAGCCCGUUCAAGGGCAGAGCUUCAUACCACGUGGCCUAUUCCGAAGUCAGAAUCGAGACGGCUGGUCCCUCAUGCUGAGGAUCCCUGAAAAGAAGAACCGCAUGUCGUCUCGCCAGUGGGGACCCAUCUACCUUAAACUCUUACCUGGUGGCGUUUUACAGAUGUACUACGAGAAAGGCUUGGAGAAACCCUUCAAGGAAUUUCAGCUGCAUCCGUACUGCAGGCUCUCUGAACCCAAGCUAGAGAACUGCAACGAGCCUGGGAAAAUCCACACGGUGAAGAUCCAGCAAGUUUCCUACACAGAGAAAAGGAAGUGCCACCCCAAGGGACACGAGGCAGAAACGGAGCAGAUGCUCAAGCUGGGAACCACGAACUACAGUGACUUCAUGGAUUUACUCUCAUCCAUCGAAGAGGAGCUCAUGAGACUCCCGCCUCACUCGCACCAGAAGAAGCACUACGAGGAGCAGGCACUGGGGCUGGAGAUUGUGGACAGCUUCUGGGGAAGACUUGGCAAAGACGGAAAGGUGGUUGAAAACGCAGUGGUAACCCACGUAUACUGCCUGUCCUUUGUCAAUGGCAGAGCAGAGUGCUUUUUAGCUUUAAAUGACCUCCAACUACAUAGAGGGAACCCGAACUAUGCCGAGGAGACAGAUGAGGGCUGGAUCGAGAUCUCUGAGCACUAUUUUCACAAAUGUGUCAAAGAAAGUGAGUUUCAGAAGUCGAGGCUCAUCAAAUUCAGCCCUCCCGACGCCUGCCGGGUGGAGCUGAUGCGCUUCAAGACACUUUCAGUCGAUGCAGAGCUGCCGUUCUCCGUCAAGGCGGUGCUUACUGUGCAGGGAGCCUAUGUGGAAUUACAGGCUUUCUUAAACAUGUCCCCUGCCUUUACACACUCACUGCGUCAGGACUCUGCACAGGUCUGUGAGAAUGUUCUCAUUCAGGUCCCACUUCCCGGAGACUGGAUUAAAGUCUCUCGCACUAUGAGUCUCCUAAGGCAGAAGUCGCUGAAGGCUAAAAUGAACAGAAAUGCCUGCCUUGGAUCUGUCACCACAGCCGAUUCGGAGCCUGUGAUGCAGGUCACUGUUGGAACGGUGAAGUACGAGAAUGCAUACGGAGCAAUAGUAUGGAGAAUCGACCGACUUCCUGCCAAGAACACAGCUUCAGAUCAUCCGCUCUGCUUCUCUUGCAAACUUGAACUGGGGUCAGACCAAGAGAUUCCGUCUGACUGGCUGCCUUUUGUGACGAUUGAGUUUGACGUCGCUGACACGGCCGCUUCAGGGACCCGAGUGAAAGCCCUGGGCACUGACAGCGAUAUCCAGCCUCAGAAACACAUCAUCACCAGGGCACACUACCACUGUCAGAUGGAAAUCGACAGAAAGUGGAUAAGAAGUGAUGAUGAAGACCCUAGAAAGCACAGUGACUGUGUGACACAAUGAUCUGCAGGAAGUGGGAAGGAAAGCACAGACCUCUGUAGUAUACAAGAAGCAACCUUCAGUGUUUUUCAACCUUCAUUUGAGGAUUUCUGUUUGGGGCACAGACUUACAAAGCUUUUACUGUAAUGCUUAAUUAGUUCCAGUGUACUUCCAGGCAGUGGAUUGCUUUACAAAACGCACCCUAGAGAUUUAGUGUAAUGAUUAUUAGGUCUAGACACAUUAUCACCUGCCUCUUUUUACCUGUGUUGAUUCAUUCAUCUCUCUCUUUGCUUAUUUAGUUGAGGAUGUGCUGCUGUAUCAGUUAAAGUAGCUGUAGCUUCCUGGUAUCAAAUGACUUCCUUUGAUUUCUUUCCAGUUCUGUCCAAUGGACUUGGUGGAUUCAGACAAUGUUACUAAAGCAGAGGAAGUGACUAGGUACCAGGAAGUAAAGCUAUGCUGCUUUUUUUUUUAUCUGAAAUGUAGUAAACGUCUGUACUGCACAUGCCAGAAAUAAUUAAGAGAUGUUCAUUGUAAUGAAAAGGGGACCAGUGAUAAAGUUGCUUGAGCUAGAAUUAAGAAAAUAGUUUUUAAAAGUUUGUCUAUGUAUCACUCCCUAAAGCACCAGUGACACACGGUCCUGUUCUAUUCAGAACUAUGAAUCUGCCUUUUCUUUUCUAUAAUGAACUGUUUUGCCCAGUUUUUUAUUUUUAUUUACUUAAUGUAAGUCACCAAGAUUUGUAAGUCUGUCCCUUGGUACACUAAAUCAGUUCUGUGCUACAGUACAUAUACCGUGUCUUCCGUAGUUCCCUAAAGGUAGUUUUAGCUGUAGGGACACAAGCUCCCCUCUCGAUACCUUCUUGUAAUGUAACGCUGUGCUUUGUAAUAAAGAAGGUCUCGCUUGAGUACUUGCUGCAGUAGAGGUAGUUUUAUUUUCCCCUAUGUCAGAAAACAAUCUGAUUCAGAUUUACUCCACUACAGUAUGUGCAAUAACAAAAAUAAUAUACUAUAUAGCCAUAAUAUGUGCAAUACGUGCAGUUUUAGUUGUUCACCUCUGCAAAUCCUCUGAAUUUCCACUGUGAGGCACUCUAUACACCAUUGACGUUGGCAAAAUGGAGAGAGGUAUUGCUGCAGAACGAAGGCUCCCACAGCAUAGCUCACACAGGGCAGUGCACAACUCGUAAUAGACAUCAUUAUUAUAUGGUACAGCUCGAUCACAUGAUAAGGGUGAACAUUUUGGUACUAAAACAAAGUUUAUUUCAUAUAAUAAUCUAAUCCUAAACCUAAGGUUCGUGAGGUAUUAUGGUCACGUGGUAGGGGUGUUGAGGGUGACAGCAUGGACUGGGGACUUUGAAAGGGACUGGGAGUGAGCUGGCUUCCCAGACCAAGUGUCAUUUUAGUAUUGCACAAAAACAGCUUUCUCACGCCCAGUUUCCCUGAAGGAAUUAGGUGGUAGUCACAAAUCACUUAUCCCUGACAGACAUAGAAUCAGCACCCUAUUACUUAUUACUUAGUUAUGGCAGGUUUUAGACUUUUUUUCUCCCACCCCAUUUAUAUGCAAAUAAAGCCCCCACAUGCACACUUAAACAUGGCCUGGACUGUCCCAUUGCACAUUUAAUAAAUCUAAAUUUAAGUCUGUCAAUCCAAAACAUUGAACAUGCUUCCAAAUUGAUCUGCCGUUCACAGCACAAGAGGAUAAGUAUUCAUGAUAGGGCUGCCAAUCUACAACAAUCACAUUUUAUACAUGUUCAAGCCAAUAUAAAUUACUUUCACACUACCAUAAUACAGAUUAUGAGUUUUUACAAAUGUAGUAAUAAGUUGUAUAUAAUAUGAAAAAGCUAUGGAAAAAUAAAUAUAUAUUUUCAUAAUACUUUAAUAUUGUUCCAUUUAUCUGGUUUUGGCAUAAUCAUGAAAAAAAAAAAAAAACCCUGAUGAAAUGUUGGUAAAUGGUCAAUGUUAAGUGCAAUCACUGAAAAAAUCCUCUUGUUUUUGUCUUAUAGACUGGCUAAAUAAUGCAACCGAGACACUGCUUCAGCUGUUUUUCUGAAUCAACACAAUGUGCUGGCAUGUGAUGCAUAAACUAAUAUAAAAUAAAAUCUAAACAAAGAAUCAGUGAAGCUCACUCUU